GGACAAUCUUAUCAGUUAUCUAGGUGUUAUAAGAGAUACUCUCCUAUAGAAGCACUGGCCUAGGUCACAAGAAGAGUCCACGAAGAUGUCAGGGGAUGUAGAUUACAGUAAGUUACCGUGUGUUGUUUGGGUGAACAUCAUGAAAUAUUUAUCACUGAAUGAUCGUUAUCAACUCUCUGUAACCAAUAGAUAUCUGUACGAAUAUUUCAGCCAUCCAUCGCUAUGGAGUAAAGCUUAUAUUAAAAUGAUUGGUGGAUACACAAAUUUUCACAUCUGCUCAACUCUGAUGUCAGACAAGUGCGUUAAACUGAUACAAACCUUCGGCCAUCUUUUUCAAAAUCUUCAUAUUCAAAUUGACGGCCAUUUUGGACAGAUGGAAGAGCAGCAUAAACUUUUACUACAAAGCUUAGCCAAGAAUUGUCGACUGCAAGUUCUGACUUUGGAAGUUGGUUUAAUGAUUUCAAGAUUCCAUCUGGAAGGAAACUUGCCUGAAAAUGAAGACUUGGCAUCCAUUUUGCUUCUUGUUCAGAAUGCAACACGUUUAAAGGAAUUAAAUAUAAUAUCGUGGCCUAUGUAUCCUGCCUUACUACAGAAUCCAUCCUAUAAUAUUUUUCAAGUCAUGAAGAACAAUGACAAAAUAAAAAGUUUAGAAUCUUUGAAUCUGUUUUGGAUGAAAGAAUGUUCGUGGUCUGAAAGACAUCCUAUUCUUCCGUCUGCUAAAUUCACUGAAAAAAUUGUUCAUAAUUUUAAAAAUUUGAAACGUUUGUCUCUACGGUCACCUAUGUUGAGUGAAGAACUAAUUAUAGAAUUGAUCACACCAGGUCGAGCGAAACUAGAUGUGCUGCAAAUAUUUAUCACUUAUUCAGCACAUCAUGAACAAUAUCAAAUGCCACAUAUAUCUGGUGAAUCAUGGGAUGUAUUAAAAUCUGUUCACCCGACACUGGAAGUAGAUUGUACGAUAAUGUCUCGGAUUGGAGAAGAUGUCUUAGGAAUUCUAUUAAAACCAGAAGUUCCUUUAAAAUCACUCACUAUAUUAAGACAUUCUAAAUGUGGCUCAGAACUUCUUCUUCCCAUCGCUGAUAAAUUUCACAAUAAUUUAAAAUCAUUUAUAUGUCACUGUGAUGCCAGUGGUGUUGAUGAACCUUUAGUUCAACUCGUUGCCUCAUGUUCUUUACUCACCGAACUUGUCUUUUAUGGAGAAAUCUAUGUCACUACUUUAAUGAAAUUGGCUGAAUUUCGAGGAAAGGCGUGGAAAAAGUUUGUGUUUGUGGAGAAGAGUAUUAAAACUGAGUUUGAUGAAGAUGGAGAUGAUGAUGAUGAUGUUGUUUUAAAACAAGACUCUCACGGAUCUUAUCAACUCAAAUCUCUACACAGAUUCCACAGAGAAGAUGAAGAACGAGACACUAAAAUAGACAAUUUAAACAAAUGGAUAUCUGAAGUGAUUGGUUUCCCUUGGAGACCCUUGGCAGCCAUUGAUUCUGAGAACCAGAGCUGAUGAUUUAUUUGCGUUUAUCAAAUACAGAGAUUUAUUAUUUUAAAGAACAAGGGCUUGCAGGGCAAGAUAAGAUUGGGCACUUCCCCUCCAAUAGCAAGAUGAUAACUUAAUUCCCCUCCAAUAGCAAGAUAAUAAAUUAAUUCCCUUCUAAUAGCAAGAUGAUAACUUAAUUCCCCUCCAAUAGCAAGAUGAUAACUUAAUUCACCUCCAAUAGCAAGAUGAUAAAUUAAUUCCCCUCUAAUAGCAAGGUAAUAACUCAAUUCAACUCCAAUACCAAGAUAAGAUAGGGCACUUCCCCUCCAAUAGCAAGAUGAUAACUUAAUUCCCCCCCAAUAGCAAGAUAAUAAAUUAAUUCCCCUCUAAUAGCAAGAUGAUAACUUAAUUCACCUCCAAUAGCAAGAUGAUAACUCAAUUCAACUCCAAUAGCAAGAUAAGAUGGGGCACUUCCCCUCUAAUAGCAAGAUGAUAACUUAAUUCCCCUCUAAUAGCAAGAUAAUAACUCAAUUCAACUCCAAUAGCAAGAUAAGAUGGGGCACUUCCCCUCCAAUAGCAAGAUGAUAACUUAAUUCCCCUCCAAUAGCAAGAUGGGGCACUGUGUACCAGUAGCUAUGUGGUCAGGUUCAAAUUCAGCACAAAGUGGAAAUGAUAAAAACUACUUAAUUUGAAUAAUAAAAUAUAUAUUUAUUUAUUUACAAAUAAUACAGAAUUAAAAUAAAGAUUAAAAAACAAA